AUGUAUUUCCUGAGCGGCUGGCCCAAGAGGCUGCUCUGCCCUCUGGGGAGCCCCGCCGAGGCGCCUUUCCACGUUCAGUCGGACCCCCAGCGGACUUUCUUCGCAGUGCUGGCCUCGGCCCGCCUCAGCAUCUGGUACAGCCGACCUAGUGUGUUAAUCGUAACCUACAAGGAAUCUGCAAAAUCGUCAUCUCAGUUUGGAUCCUACAAGCAAGCUGAAUGGAAGCCAGAUAGUACAAUGAUAGCUGUGUCAACGGCAAAUGGCUACAUCUUAUUUUUUCAUAUUACAUCUACGAGAGGGGACAAGUACCUUUAUGAGCCAGUGUAUCCCAAAGGAAGUCCACAAAUGAAGGGGACACCCCAUUUUAAGGAAGAACAGUGUGCUCCAGCAUUAACUUUGGAGAUGAAGAAAAUAUUAGAUUUGCAAGCACCCAUAAUGAGUUUGCAGUCUGUGCUGGAAGAUCUCUUGGUUGCUACUUCUGAUGGACUUCUUCAUCUUAUUCACUGGGAAGGAAUGACAAAUGGAAGGAAAGCUAUUAAUCUUUGCACAGUACCCUUCUCAGUAGAUCUGCAGUCAUCUAGAGCAGGUUCAUUCCUGGGCUUUGCAGAUGUGCACAUCAGAGACAUGGAGUACUGUGCCACUCUUGAUGGGUUUGCUGUGGUGUUUAAUGAUGGUAAAGUUGGAUUUAUUACACCAGUGUCCAGUAGAUUUACUGCAGAGCAGCUUCAUGGAGUUUGGCCACAAGAUGUCAUUGACGGAACUUGUGUGGCAGUAAAUAACAAGUAUCGACUAAUGGCGUUUGGCUGUGCGAGUGGUUCUGUACAGGUUUAUACAAUAGAUAACACCACUGGAGCUAUGCUGCUGUCUCAUAAACUAGAGUUAACAGCAAAACAAUAUCCUGAUAUUUGGAACAAAACAGGAGCUGUUAAGUUGGUCAAAUGGUCUCCUGACAAUAGUGUUGUAAUAGUGACCUGGGAAUACGGAGGCCUUUCUUUAUGGAGUGUGUUUGGCGCUCAGCUGAUUUGUACACUUGGAGGAGAUUUUGCUUAUAGGUCUGACGGUACCAAAAAAGACCCUCUUAAGAUCAACUCAAUGAGCUGGGGUGCAGAAGGCUAUCAUCUAUGGGUAAUCAGUGGAUUUGGUUCUCAAAAUACUGAAAUUGAGUCUGAGCCCAAGAGUAUAGUUAAACAGCCUGGCAUUCUGCUAUUUCAGUUUAUUAAGAGUGCACUCACCGUAAACCCUUGUAUGAGUAACCAAGAGCAAGUGUUGCUUCAGGGGGAGGAUCGAUUGUACUUGAACUGUGGAGAGGCCUCACAAACCCAGAAUCCCAGGAGUUCCUCAGGACUCUCUAAACCCAGUCGCGAAAAGAGCUCAUUCACAGACGAAGGUUUCGAGUCUCAGGGUUUAAGCACUUUACUUGGACAUCGGCAUUGGCAUGUGGUACAAAUUUCCAGCACCUACCUAGAGAGCAAUUGGCCUAUUCGGUUUUCAGCAAUUGAUAAGCUUGGACAGAAUAUUGCUGUGGUUGGCAAGUUUGGUUUUGCACAUUACUCUCUACUCACCAAAAAAUGGAAACUUUUUGGAAACAUUACCCAGGAGCAAAAUAUGAUUGUGACAGGUGGCUUAGCCUGGUGGAAUGAUUUUAUUGUCCUUGCAUGUUAUAACAUAAGUGACCGUCAAGAAGAGCUGAGAGUUUACUUGCGAACAUCUAAUCUGGACAAUGCCUUUGCUCACGUCACCAAAGCACAAGCAGAGACAUUACUGCUUAGUGUCUUCCGGGACAUGGUAAUAGUAUUUAGAGCAGACUGCUCAAUAUGCCUUUACAGUAUUGAAAGAAAAGCUGAUGGUCCAAAUACUACUGCCGGUAUCCAAGUUCUUCAGGAAGUCUCCAUGUCACGCUACAUUCCUCACCCCUUCCUGGUAGUAUCUGUCACUCUGACAUCAGUGAGUACAGAAAAUGGAAUCACCUUGAAAAUGCCACAGCAGGCUCGUGAUGCAGAGAGCAUUAUGCUGAAUCUUGCAGGACAGCUCAUCAUGCUGCAGAGGGACCGGUCAGGCCCUCAGAUCCGGGAGAAGGACAGUAACCCAAACCAGAGAAAACUGCUGCCAUUCUGUCCCCCUGUUGUACUAGCUCAAUCUGUUGAAAAUGUGUGGACUACAUGUCGCGCAAGUAAACAAAAGCGCCACCUUCUGGAGGCCCUGUGGCUGAGCUGUGGCGGUGCAGGGAUGAAAGUUUGGCUCCCUCUCUUCCCCAGGGAUCACCGCAAGCCCCAUUCCUUUUUGUCCCAGCGGAUCAUGCUGCCUUUCCACAUCAAUAUCUACCCCCUGGCAGUUCUGUUUGAAGAUGCAUUAGUCCUCGGUGCUGUCAAUGACACUUUACUCUAUGACUGUCUGUACACUCGGAACAGUGCCCGGGAACAGCUGGAGGUGCUCUUCCCUUUCUGUGUUGUGGAGAGAACCUCUCAGAUCUACCUCCACCACAUUCUACGUCAGUUACUGGUCAGGAAUCUUGGGGAGCAGGCCUUGCUCUUGGCCCAGUCCUGCUCCGCGUUACCUUACUUCCCUCAUGUGCUGGAGCUCAUGCUCCACGAAGUGCUGGAAGAGGAAGCUACCUCACGGGAGCCCAUUCCCGACCCUCUGCUUCCCACUGUGGCAAAAUUUAUCACCGAGUUCCCACUCUUCCUGCAAACCGUUGUUCAUUGUGCCAGGAAGACUGAAUAUGCCCUGUGGAACUACCUUUUUGCAGCCGUUGGAAACCCCAAGGACUUGUUUGAGGAAUGUUUGAUGGCUCAGGAUUUGGACACAGCUGCCUCUUACCUUAUUAUCUUACAGAAUAUGGAAGUCCCAGCAGUAAGUAGGCAACAUGCCACCCUUCUGUUCAACACAGCCCUGGAACAAGGCAAGUGGGACUUAUGUCGACACAUGAUUCGGUUUCUUAAAGCCAUUGGCUCUGGAGAAUCUGAGACACCUCCAUCCACACCUACAGCUCAGGAACCCAGUUCAAGCGGUGGAUUUGAGUUCUUCAGGAAUCGAAGCAUCAGUUUAUCCCAGUCAGCUGAAAAUGUACCUGCUAGUAAAUUCAGCUUACAGAAAACACUAAGUAUGCCAUCUGGUCCUUCUGGAAAAAGAUGGAGUAAAGACAGCGACUGUGCAGAAAACAUGUACAUUGACAUGAUGCUCUGGAGACAUGCUCGGCGUCUCUUAGAAGAAGUUCGGCUCAAGGACCUGGGUUGCUUUGCAGCUCAGCUGGGCUUUGAACUAAUUAGUUGGCUCUGCAAGGAACGUGCCCGAGCUGCCCGGGUAGACAACUUUGUGAUAGCCCUGAAGAGGCUCCACAAAGAUUUCCUGUGGCCACUUCCCAUCAUCCCAGCCUCUUCCAUCAGUUCUCCUUUCAAGAAUGGAAAAUUCCGAACAGUAGGAGAGCAGCUGCUGAAGUCUCAACCAGCUGACCCUUUCUUAAACCUUGAGAUAGAUCCUGGCAUCUCUAAUGUCCAACGAAGUCAGAGCUGGCUCAGCAACAUUGGCCCUACCCACCAUGAGGUAGACACAGCCUCGUCCCACGGACCACAGAUGCAAGAUGCCUUCCUGUCACCUUUAUCUAACAGAGGUGAUGAAUGCAGUAUUGGUUCGGCCACAGACUUGACUGAAAGUAGCUCCAUGGUGGAUGGGGACUGGACAGUGGUGGAUGAAAAUUUCUCCACGCUCAGUUUAACUCAGUCAGAGCUAGAGCACAUCUCCAUGGAGUUGGCGAGUAAAGGGCCUCACAAAUCCCAGGUCCAGCUUCGGUAUUUGUUACACAUCUUCAUGGAGGCAGGAUGUCUGGACUGGUGCAUUGUCAUAGGCUUGAUUCUUAGAGAAUCCUCAAUAAUCAACCAGAUUUUGGUUAUUAUACAGACAACGGAGGUAGAUGGAGAGAUGUUACAGAACAUAAAGACAGGGCUGCACGCGGUGGACCGAUGGGCCUCUGCAGAUUGUCCUGGAUAUAAGCCAUUUUUGAACAUCAUUAAGCCACAACUCCAGAAGCUCAGUGAAAUAACAGAAGAGCAGGUCCAACCUGAAGCCUUCCAGCCAAUAACUGUGGGUAAGACUCCUGAACAGACCAGUCCCCGGGCAGAGGAGAGCAGGGGCUCCUCGGGCCAUGGAAGCAUCCCCCAGGGUGAGGUUGGAGGUGGCAGUGUGGUCAGCCGGAAGGAGGAGAACACAACCCGAGCAGAGGAGGAGGAACCUUUCCAGGAUGGGACUUACGACUGUUCUGUGUCCUAACAACUGGGGUGCUGUCACCAUAGACAGUAUUAAUUAAUCAGCAGCAGUGGGUGUGCAGCUGAGGACACUGUGACCUAGUUGGAUGAUUUAACCAGGGAGCUCAGCUCAGAGACUCUGAUAAGGUAUUAAAUUUGAACUAACUCUUCUCUGAGAAAUCUCUUUGACUCCAUAAAAAUGUGAUAUCAGAAUAAAUCAUCUUUCAUAAAAAAAAUUUUUAAAGCUUCAGUGGAAAGUAAUAAAGAAUACUGUACAGAUGUACAUGAGGAUAUUUUGGUUUUAUUCUUAAAGGUUAGUAGCUCUUCAAGCAUAGGGAUUGUUUUGCCCCAGGUGAGCUUGCUUUUUCUUACAUAUUUUCUGGUUCAGGGUGUGUCCAGAUUGCUUUAAAAAAAAAAAAUGCUAAGGUGCUUGCUGUAGCUCAUCAGGUACCUGAGCUACCUGUAAUGCCCCUUGGAUUGAGAGCGCUGGACUGUACCUGGGCCUCCAGAACAGUUGCCUGCCUGGCACAACACAUGUAGUAUGAUGGAGAUGUGUCCCGUGGCUUUUCCAGCCUGUUAAAUCCCCGUCCUGAACUGACGGGAGCUAUUUACCUGUGACUCAUUGUGAAGCUUGAUUCCCACUAGAUCAGCAUGGGCGCGGGCCUGAGGGGUUCUUGUCAAUUAUGUUUAGAGACCACUAAACUAUUUUAUAUCAAAGAACUUUAUCUUUUUGUGGAUACUCUUAUGUAUAUAUACUCAAAGGCAUUGUUCAUAUUUUUAGGGCUUCUAUUAUUGUAAUUUGUAAGAUUUUAUGCUGGAUUCUGCAUGGCUAUAUAUACUCACUCUUGGAAUAAAGACAGGGCUUGCUUGCUCUUCCAGAUAUGAGCAGACUUUAUAGAGGAAGACAGGUUUAUUGGCUUGGUCAUAAAGUAACAAAUGGUCACACUGAUCAUGAAAUGAAACAGGUUUUGUGCAAAUUAACGUAGUUUCUUAUUUAUUGCUUUUGUAAAUUGAAUAAAAAUGGAGUUUUAUGUAAAUAGGCUGCUGAAUCCUGUAUUAUCACGGCUAACUAAAAAUUAGUAUG